GAAACGUCAUUGUGUCAGCUGUGAAUCAAGAGUGUGUUUAUAAUUAAAGUGAAGAACACAAAAAACAAAAGUUUACUAAAAGAAUAAUAAUCCACUUAAUUUUAAUAACAAAAGAUGUUACUGCCUACUGAAAUAGUUCAUUUCGCGAUGCCUUUCAUCCCAUAAAUCUUGGAAAUUGGAAAUAAAAUACUAAACCGUUAUAAUUAUGGAGACUGAAAGGCAAAUGAGAGGAGUUGCUGAGACCCUUCAAGCUUCAAUUGAAUCUCAGAGGGGAAUUGGUUCUCAAAGUAUUCACAGUAUCAAUAGUAUCAAUAGAGCAACGGAUAUAAUUCUCAGCGAACAUCUUAUCGCUGGUGCUAGGCACAAUGGAAAAAUGUCCAAUGUCAGGCGAUUUUUUUGUCUGUUCGUUACGUUCGAUCUACUUUUCACAUGUCUUCUUUGGCUUAUAUGUGCGACAAUCGCUGGAGAGAGUGCAGAAUCCGCAUUUGUUGAUCAAGUGGUCCAUUACAACAUUUCGACAUCACUAUUCGACAUAGUUAUGGCUGCAAUUUGCAGGUUUACGGUGUUAUUAUUAUUUUAUGCGUUAUUGUAUAUAAAUCAUUGGUUUAUCGUGGCACUUUCUACGGCCUUAUCGUGUGCCUUUCUCUUGGCCAAAGUUUUUCUGUUCGACUGGUCACGAUACAGUCAACCAGUUUUUCAAGUUUUACUUAUAAUAAUGUCCUUUGUGCUUGCUUGGGGUGAAGCGUGGUUCUUAGAUAUUAGAGUAAUUCCCCAAGAGACAGAAGCGAGUAAUUGGAUUCUAGGAACGGUAGACUCUGAAAGGGCACCACUUCUACAACCUGGAGCUCAUAUUACAAAUCUUUAUAGUGAAAAUGUGGGUGCUUUUUACACUCCAGUAGAUUCUCCGAAUCAUUCGGGCGAUGAGGAUGAGGAUGAUGGACGAAGAAAUGAGACAAAUUCGUCUUUUAGUCCCUCACCAAUGGUACUCACCGACCGGAAGAAAGAUGAGUACAAAAACAAAGCGAGAUUAUUGUUAAAUCGUUCCGCUGAAUUGUUGACAUCGAAAGAGUGGAUUGUGGACAAAACUACUCCUCUUGGCGACUUUGUUUCUUAUCUGCAGUUUCCAAAAACUGGCAAAAAGAUUUUGAGAAUAUCGGGAAUUGUAAAUACUCCUGCGAAAGAGGUCGCAGAUCAUUUAUUUGAUAAUGUAGAAUCGUCCAUCAAGUGGAAUAAACAAUUAACGGAGUGUAAAAAAAUUAAUGCAAUAGAUGAAAAUACAGAUAUUAUUUAUCAAGCCACACCAUCUUUUGGAAAUGGCAUUGUUACUGCAAGAGAUUUUGUAACUUUACGACAUCGGGGCAAUAUUGGACCAUAUUUUAUUAGCUGUGGUAUGUCCGUUCCCUUUAACGAAUAUCCGAAUCGAAAGAAUUUCAUACGUGGUGACACGGAAAUGGGCUGUUUUGUCACCGAGGAGAAUGGAGAAAAUUCCUGUCGUUUCACCUAUAUUUUGAGCACAGAUUUAAAAUUACCUUGGCUUCCACAAAAAAUGAUAGACAAUGUCUCUGUGACGUCUCUCGCUGAAUUUAUGGAUCUUUUACGAAAUCAUUUUCGUAAUUUAAAAUCAUGACCAAUCUCAAAAGGCCCAGGGAGCCUUCAUUGCGAAAAUGAUACGAAAAACUUGAGUGAAAGUGAAUUUCGAAUUCUUUCCAGAACUCAAGAAUUAAUUUUUGCGUGAAAAGAAACUAGCGAACACUAGUUUUUUCUACUCUACGAAAUAUCUACAAAAAAAUUGACAAUGUUUCGUAAAACUGCAUUUUUAUACUAAUUAAAAAAAAUGUGUUUUCGAUUAAUUUUUUAGAAAAACAAAAAAAACUUCGAUUUAGAAUUUUCUAUUAAAUUAGAAAAAAUUUUUGUGUUUAAGAUUUUCUGUGAAUGUGGAAAAUUUUUUCUAUAGAAAAAAGAGUAAUUGUGUGAAACUUUUACUAUUAAUUUAGAAAAGAAACAAAUUUUCAGUGGAUUUUUGUAGAUUGUACUAUCAUACUCGUGUAAAAAUAGUUUUCUUGACAACGAGGGUGAAAAAGGACAAUUUUUCUAUUUUGUCAUUGUAAAUAAGGUCUCUCGUAAGUUAAUAAUAAUUGUUAUUAAUUUUAAAUUCAA